ACUUUUUGAAGUAGGUCUUGUUUUUGUUCCAUAUGUAAAAUCAUUCUGUCUUGCUUCUAAAGCCACCUUAGCUUUUGUUAACAUAACAAACUCUCUCACCCUUUUUCUUAUGUUUUGCUUACUUUCCAUACCCUUAAUUACAAAACACAAUUACCUUCUUAAUCAUCAUUUCCUUCUCAACAUUAUUCUUCACUUAAUCACAUUCUACUUUUCCUCUUCUCCAAAACCAUGAGAGCCAUUCAAAAAUUUGUAUCUCUUCCUUUCUUCUCAGGUUGUGCUUCUCGCUCUAGUGUCGCCACAAGCACCUUUGUUUCCACAACUCGAAUCCGAGAGCUUGAAGGUGUUGGUCCUGAAGUAAACACAAGUGUAGCAGUUGCAAGAAGAGAAGAAUGUGAAAAUAAAACUUCAGAAGUGAAAAUGAAAAACCCUUCUGGUUUCUUAUUUCUUUUGCCUAACAUAUCAAAUGGAGUUCAUAAGUUGGUUAGAAGCCUCAAAACUUUCUCCCAAUUAUUUGUUUUGAGAAAAGAUGAAGAAGUAGAGGAAGUGGAAAUGGAGAUUGGAUAUCCAACAGAUGUGAAGCAUGUGACACAUAUUGGAUUGGAUGGCUCUACAACUACAAACCCUAACCCUAAUCCUAAUAUUAACCCUAAUAAUUGGGAUAUUAAUAAUCUCAAUCACUUUGUUCCUUCUGAGUUUCUUCAUUCUUUUCCUUCCAUUUCUUUUAGGCAAUUUGAACUUUCAAUGGCUGCUCAAACUCAGGCUGCUCUUCUACACACAACAUGAUUUUAUAAUUCUUUUUCAUUUUGCUUUCUUUUCUUCCCCUUCAAUGCUUAUACUUUCAUGAUUUUAAGAAUGCCCUCUUCUCCUUAUUAAACAACACUGGUAAGGAGAAAAAAAUGGUGUUUGUAUCAUAUGUAUGGUGGAAUUUGAUGAAUUUGUUUAUAGCUAAGGUCUCUUGUUUGUUUU